CCUCUCUCUCCUUGCGCCCAGGAGCCAUGCAGUCUCCCAAAAAAGGUUUGAUUUGCAACUUAAACCACGUCCACUUGCAACACAUCUCCUUGGGGCUCCACCUCUCACGCCACCCGGAACUUCAGGAAGAGGCCCGCACGGUGGUGCCAUCAAUGGAGCAAGCGGGUUGCCACGAAUGUCAGCAGCACGGUGGGAACCUGGUCCGCGAGCUGGUGGACGCCAAUUCGAACAACCCAGCCUUGCCGUGCCAGUGUUGUGAGGCUCACUCUGUGUCCUUGGAGGUGAAACAGGGCCUCCAGACUCAACCUUCCUUGACCAACUGCCCAACUGUGGACCACGAAGAGGAGGAGGAGGAGGAGGAGGAAGAGGAGGAAGGCUCUCCUUCAGAUCCAACCUCGUCCUCCAUCAGCAGCUGCUCGGACCUCAGCCUGGACGAGUCUCCUGUCUCGGUGUACUGCAAGCCGUUCCCUGCUGAACAGGCCCGAAGUCCAGAAAGCCAACCGAAUAUUGUACCCUUGGAGGACACGCAGAAUGUCCUUCCCGUGGCCAACCACAAAGAUGGCGGUCCAAACCUUAACGUCCGAGUGGGGGGACGUCCAGAGACCCACGUCUGGGACAGUCCAGACAGCUUGUACAGCAGCAGCUCGCUGGAGUCCCCUUCGGACACCACUCCUCCCUGCCCGGAAAGCCUGGUCGGGUCACCCCAAGCUGGGUCCACCAGAGUUCCCCCGGUUGUCCCACCCCCUGUCCGCCCCUGUAGGGCACCCCCUGCUGUGCCGGUAGCCCCCCGUCUCGGCCCGGGACUGGAUUCCAACUGCAACGCUCUCCCGGCCCGCGAGGUCACCUCCGACAACAUCUCCUUGGGGCAGGUGGACAUCAAUUCCAACCGAGCCAUGCCAGCGGGGCCUCGCUUUGGAAGCGUGCCUCCCCCGGUGCCUCCCAGGACCAAGAGGGGGCUUCAGGGGCUGAGAAGAAGCGAAGGAGGGAAACCGUCUGCAGACGUGGCUGCUCCUGCCCCGGUUAGUUGCCGGUUCCACCACGGUGAACCCCAAGGUGAAGCCCCCAAGAAGACGAUCACCUCUUUCCAUGAGUUGGCGCAGAAGCGGAAGAAGGCUGCAGUCAUGCCGCCCGUUCGCCAGGGCAAGAAGGACCAAAGCGAUUGGCUGAUUGUCUUUUCCCCCGACACGGAGAUGCCUCCCUCUUAUGAACAAUCCUGGGCGAACAGGCAGGAGACCCCCGGGCCCCCGACAGAACCGUCCCGCCCGACCAGCAGCCUCCAACGAGGGGUCGUCACGUUCAAGGACCUCCGUUACCGCAAGCAGAACAGCCAACUGGCCGCCAAGGUGGGCAACCCAGGGCAUCACCGGGCGAUUCCUGGGCAAGGGGGACCCGAUGGCCAUGCUGCGCAAGAGACGAGUGGCCCGGAGCUGACGCUGAGCGGACAUUUCUGGGGCUCGAAGGACAUCCCGCCUCGGAGGAAGACAGCUCGGCUGGGUCUACAGCCUAUUGUGGAAGGGGGUUUCGAAGAGGGAGAGGACAGAGAAGCCAAGCAGGAGCUUGGAAGAACCCUGGGGACCAAAUUCCAGGCGAGGCGGGAUCCUGACAUUGGCAAGAAAGCAGAGCAAGGAGACAGGAGGGUCACUGAGGCCCACCAGGUCCCUCUGAUUCCCUGCCAGCCUCAGCCCCCCCUCAUCUGUCUCUCCCCCCCAGCAAAGGGGCAGGGGGCUGAACCCUCCUCCCCCGUGUCCAACAAUCCUGGCUUGGAGAGCGUGGCACUCGCGUCCCCUGACCCCCCAGGUCCGGCCUUUUGCCCAAGACUGAAGACCCUCUCCUGCGAAGACGUUUGCUUGCUGGCUGGCCGGCAGGGAUCACUUUUCGAUGUGCUGUCCCCGGACAAGCUGCUGCCCGUCCGCCUCUCACCCAUUGGGGCAUAUUCCCCCCCAGCCAGGAGCAUCCUCCCCUUUCUCAGCAGCCCUGAUCUGGCCGUGCUGUUUUCGCCUUUCUUCCCCUCCAGCAAAACCUUCCCCAUCUUAGCUUUCCCGACCCACCAGGUGCCCGAGCUUGGAGGCCGAGAUCCCCCGGGAAACCAGGUUGGAAGGGGUCCCUGGGGGAGAGUGUCUUGUGGCACUAUGACAGCCAAGGAUUCAGGAGUUCCCCAGCAACUUCGACAUUCUCAGUCCUUUGGUGGCGUCCCACUCCGAGGAUGCCCCUGGAGGGCAGAGGUGGGCCAAGUCUCGACACAGCUGCGACAACAGAAAAAAGCUCUGCUUGUGGCAGUCAGUGUCUCCGUGGACAAAAUCGUGGCUCAUUUCAGCACCGCCAGGAACCUCGUUCAAAAGGCUCAGCUGGGGGACAGUCAACUCACCCCGGAAGUGGGGUAUUUGGUCCUCAAUACCCUCUGCCCUGCCUUGCAUGCCCUGGUGGGUGACGGCCUGAAGCCUUUUCAGAAGGAUGUCAUCACGGGACACAGGCCCAGUUCUCCAUGGAGUGUCAUUGAAGCCUCUGCCAGGCCAGGUCCCCACACCCGAUCCUUCACCGCGCUGUACUGGCGGGUGUCUCGGCUGGCCCCACUCCGGAGCAGCCCCCAGCGUUUCCAUGCGUUCGUCCUGGGCCUGCUGAACCUGAAGCAAGUCGAAGAAUGGUUUGCGCAGCUCCAAAGGAACUCAGAGCUGAUCUCGGCCCUGUACCUGCCCACCGCCUUCCUGCUGCUCAGCCAGAGGUACUGCUGCCGUUGGGCUGAGGACCUGCUUCUCUCGCUGCAGCCCCUUUCGGUGCUCAGCUUUCAACUGGACCUGCUGUUUGAGCACCGCCAUCUGCCCCUCAGCGUCCGGCCGAUGCCCCCGCCGAGUGCCACCCCUCCCGAGCCAGGUGCCGGCAUGUGGGAAAGCUCCGGGCUGAGCCCGCCGGAUUUAUCCAAGCCCGAGAUUCCUUUUGCCCACCUGGAAGAUGGCUUUUUGGCUCCAUCCAGACCCUUGCAGGAUUUGCCUCUGCCUCAGAGACUGCUGGGGUGGAAAGAUCGGCUGGCCAGCACGCUGCGCAGCCACGGAAGCCCACCCUAUGCCCAGCCUGGUGGGGAGGAAAGCCAAGCCAAGGUGCCAAGCUGGUGGAAGCCGCUGGGCUGGAUAUCCGGCAUCCAGGCUCCGAAAGAGGACGCUGCUUCCCUCCACUCACAGUGGACCAAGCUGCGGAUGGCCCUGGGGGAGGCCAUCAAGGAGAGCCAAGCUGUGGCCGGAGAUACCGGCACCAAAGCAGAAGAACGCCCCCAACUGUCCGGCUUUGGAAAAAAUAACCCUGAGAUGGAAAAACAGCCAUCUGUCUGCCAGGGGGAAGGCUCAGGUGCAGCGACCCCCAAGCCGGGAAUGGCUCCUCCUGAGGCAGGAGAAGUCUAUCUGGAAGAAAGCCAGGAGGCCGGCGAGGAUCCUGAGGCUGGAAGUGGGAAAGAAAAGUGGCUCGGAUGGCUGUUUGGAGCCAAGUCCCCAGUGGCUCCUAAUGAGACGGAUUCAAGUCUGCCCAGGUCCAGCAGGCGCCCCUCCAGAUGGCUGUGCCCCGCCCUUACUGCGCUGACCCUCGUGAAGAAGGGCAGACCGACCGAGAAGAGCUGGCAAGAUGACGGGGAGGAGCAGAGUCCCCCAGACCCAUUGCAGACCUGCAAAGUGGUGCGGGCGCUCUGCGACCACGCGGGGAGCGAAGCCGGGCAGCUGGCCUUCUGCAAAGGCGACAUCCUGCAGGUGAUGGAGACGGUGGGUGAGGACUGGCUUAAAUGCUUCUCCGGGGACCGCCAGGGCCUCGUCCCCGUGGGCUACACUUCCCUCAUCUUGUGAAUGGUGGAACAGGCAAGCAGGAACAAGGAUGCUGGCUCAGCUCCCAACUGUUAAAAAAACUAGCACCAAGUUACAAAGGAGCAUCAUGGACUAAGAUUCCCAGUCCAGCAAAAGCAUCACGAGGGGUCACUUUACGGCCGGGCGCCGUUUCUACCACCGUCCAGAUUUCCAUCCUGGCUCCUGCUGGAAGGCUUGGCUCCACUUUCUCUGACCUCCAAAGCUGGCUGGGGACGAUGGGGGAAUGAGUACCCCAGGACCCAGAGGGUGCCUGGACCAGUCUCCACGUUCCCCGCCUGGAACCCCAGAUUUUUAUUUGCCACUCACGUCCGCUGCCCUCGACGGCCCUGCGCCCCACCGAAAGAGCAUUUUCCUGUAAUGUGUAUAUUGAAUAUAUCUGUGUACAUAUAUAGAUUGAUAUAUAUAUAUAUAUAUAUGUAUAUAA